AUGCCGCCCUUUCCUGCCGUUAGGAUCCCGCGCGUGUUACUUAUCUUGGGCUUGCUGCUUUUUGGCGCGAUUGAGCUGGAUCUUUUCGAAGGUCGAUUGUCCAUGAUGCAUACUGGCCCGGGACCUCUCGCCAAGAUGGGCAGGCAUUUCAUGUUGCAGCCGGCUGGUUGCCCCGCCCCUCCGCAGGCCCGCAACAGGCGGUUUGGCCCAGGCUCGUCAGCACGCGUCCAGCGUUCCCACAGCGGCCAACCCGCGAACGGCAACCCCUGUCAUUCGCCGCCCCGACCAACUAAAACUCAAAUGUCGAAUCUCGCACCUGUGGACGACCGCUUUGCACACCAUCAGCGCCGAGACAACGCUGCAUCACCAAAUGGCAGUAAUAGCCACCGGGAUAACCAACACCGCCGUCAGGACGGGAAUGACCUCGGCAUGACUACUUCACGAAGAUCCAUCUCGCCCGCCGCUGUUGCCGUGAACCGGACGUCAGACUCUACCAGGGAGCGAGACCGAGCCCGGAAGCAUCAUCCCUCCGGGCCUAUUCCUCUACCGCAGCGUUCACGAGGCCGGUCGGUCGAGCCGCCGCAGCAGGAUACCCAACGCCGGCGUCGCGACCAGGCCCGCAGUCCCAACCGCCGUAGUGAUCACUCGUUCGAGCCAUCCCAUCGUUCGCCACGCGGCCGCCGCGGCCGUUCACCCGAACCUACUCGCCGCCGCGAGCCUCGCGCUUCACCGGAUCGCCGUCCCCCAGACCACAGGUCGCCCGGGCCGAGGAAGGAAGUCCAAGGGCGUCCAGACGACCGCAUCCGACGCCGUGCAUCGCGGUCGCCCGUCCCAAGUAAGCGCCGACGCAGCCCCAGCCCGUCGUUCGAUCGUGCGUCGCAACCGAAGAAGGUCCGGCAAGAUAGUAUCAAUCAAGCAGGUCCAGAGAGGGGCGUACCACCGCCGAAAAAUCAGCAAGCCAACGUCAACCGAGGCUUGUCCCCCCACCCACGCCGGCCGCGUUCUCCCGAAUCUCGCGACCAGGCUCCAAAACCUAGCAGGCGGUCCGGCCGGUCUAGAUCUCCAAGUCCUCCGCGCCGUCAUAGAUCUCGGUCGCCUCGUAACAGCCGGCCCUUCCGACAGCGUCCCGAGGGGGAAUCCCGCAAUAGGACGAGGUCUCCUAGGCAUCGGCACCAAUCACCUCACCCUGACCCCAGAAAUCGAUCAAGAUCACGCCGCCGCAACCCCCGCAAAACCGGCCCAGCGGACACUCGGCCACCGCCUUUGUCCGACACGGGGUCACGCCGCAGAGGAAGUGCGGACCAGGGCCAAUCCCACGCUAUACGCGGACCGGCUCCGUCCGAAUCACCCCGUGAGAACCGCCGCCCUCAGUCGACCAAGAGGGGAAGGGACAGCCGUGAGCCGUCGCGCUCGUCCAAGAGUUUUGACCCUACUUCCGGUGCCAACAGCAUCGAGGUGAAUAUGGGUGCUCGAGGUGGCUACCGUGGAGGGUUUAACCCUCAAGGCGGCUAUCCGAAGGGCCAAUAUGAUGCCCGCAGCUAUGGUCAGUCAUCGGGCCAUGGAACCCCCGUUUCGUCAUUCCACGGCUCCCCAACGGCCCAGUCGCCUUACGGUGGCAACGGGCGGGGCUGGAACAACCAACCGCAGUUUUCCCCUCAAGGGGGUCAAUUUUCACCAACAUAUCCCCACAACAAUUACGGGCCUCCCACGGGUCCCCAAGGACAUUACCACUCAGGCCAGGCACAAUCUCCUCCUUAUGCGCCGACGGGGCCCGCCGCCCAAUACCCCUCGGGGCCCUACCGCGGAAGCCACAGAGGCGGGUCGUUUCGUGGCAGUCAGUUCUCCGCUCGUGGGGGCCUCCGAGGCGGCUUUAAAAGUACACAAUGGCAUCCCCAAGGCAACGAUGGUCGUGGCCAGCCCGACCCAGCCGAGGGUUCAGAUCCCUCCCAUGCCACUACACAUCGGUCUCCCGUCAACCAUACGGAGGCUCCAGUGGAGAAGGGCAAUGCCUCAGCGGCAAACAGUGACAACCCCUUUAGGCCCUCCAAAGACCUACAAGUGGAGGAUACCAGCAAGGAAGGGGAGUCAAAAGAAGACAAGACACCAGCUCUCGGCCGAGCGCCCCCCACCGGGCCGCAAUCCACGACACCUAAUAAGUUUAGUUUUAGCAUGAAAAACGCGGCAAAACCAGCAGUGGCGGCGCCGAGACCCGAGAUAUCGUCGAAAUUCAAUGCUGCCCCAGCGUCGCGCGAUCCCCCGACCAAGCCCGCAGCCCAAAAAGCGCCACCCACGAGACCGGAGAGGGACCGGGAGCGUGACCGAGACCGUGGUUUCCCUAAGAACGCUCCGACCGAGCCAGCGUCGGCACGACCCCGUCCCGGUGUCCCCACCGGCCCCAGCGACCGCAGAGCGACCGAACCAGCGAGACAGCCCGACCCGACGCCGCGGACACGGAAAGUGAAGAAGAUUGUGAAGCGUCGCAAAGAGAAGCCUACCCUUCCGGCUGACUUGGCGGCAUCCAAAUCCGUCUUCUUCAGAAAACCGGGCAACGAAUCCGUCGUGGGCUCAGGCACGUAUGGCAAGGUCUUCAAGGGGCUGAACGUCUACACCAAGAAGUUGGUAGCUCUCAAGAAGAUUCGGAUGGAGGGUGAGAGAGACGGCUUCCCAGUAACGGCCGUUCGAGAGAUCAAAUUGCUCCGCUCGCUCGGCCAUAAGAACAUCGUCCAACUCCAAGAGGUCAUGGUCGAAUCCAACGACUGCUUCAUGGUGUUUGAGUACUUGUCGCACGACUUGACGGGCCUCCUCAACCACCCGACGUACACCCUGGAGCCGGGACAUAAAAAGCACCUGGCCCGGCAACUUUUUGAAGGACUAGACUAUCUCCACACGAGGGGCGUCUUGCACCGCGACAUCAAAGCUGCCAACAUCCUCGUCAGUAACGAGGGUAUCCUCAAGCUUGCUGACUUCGGCUUGGCCCGCUUUUAUGCCAAACACCACCAGUUAGACUACACCAACCGAGUCAUAACCAUCUGGUAUCGGUCGCCAGAGCUGUUGCUGGGUGAAACGCAGUACGGCCCGGCAGUGGAUAUCUGGAGCGCCGCAUGCGUCCUCGUGGAGAUCUUCACCAAGCGAGCCAUCUUCCCAGGCGACGGGAGCGAGAUCAACCAACUGGAGAAGAUCCACGCGGUGCUUGGAACUCCCAACAGGAAAGACUGGCCGAACCUGGUCGAGAUGCCCUGGUUCGCGCUCCUCCGGCCCACCUACCGUAAACCAAACGUCUUUGCGGAAAAGUACAAGGACCAGCUGACCCCAGCCGCCUUUGAUCUCCUCACGUCCAUGUUCUGUUAUGACCCGGAUAAACGACCUACCGCCGCCGAGGUUCUGAAGCACCCGUACUUCGUUUCGGAGGAGCCCGCCGCGCGGCAGGCGAUUGAACUCAAAGACAUCGGCGGCGAGUGGCAUGAGCUCGAGUCAAAAGCACUCCGGCGCGAGAAGGAAAAGAAGGAAAAGGAGCGCGCACGUGCCGCACAGCAGCAGUCCGGGGCGAAAGAGGAGGCGCCCGAAAGCGGCAGCACCCGUGACAGGGAGCGGAAGCGACCAAACGAAGGCGGUGAUGCCCCACGGGAGGCUAAGCGCCCGCAUAUCGAUGCUAACGGGAAGGGGCAGAAGGCUGGGUAG